AUGACACAGAGGAAACAAUGUUAUGUUGUCAUAACAGCAGUUAAUCCUAAGAUGUUUGCCGGAGAUCUAUACUUGAACACUUCACCGGCUACUCGGUUUUAUCAGCACGCUGAACCACAAGAGCUAGAGAGUGUUAGAAUAGUUGAUAUCAUAACUCGAAAUGGAUGGUACAAUAUCUCAUGCGCAAAAUGCUACAACAGUAUCAAGCCGUUGGAUGAUAAAUUGAUUUGUCGCUUUUGUGACGAUUCCAGUUUUAUCGGUGUGGUCAGGUUUCGGCUUGCAGUCAUUGUUGAUGAUGAGACGGAUCAAAGAAGAUUUGUAAUCUUUGACAGAGAUGCAAGAAAAUUGACUAACAUAUUGGCUGAAGAUUUGAUCACAUUUUAA